GGAUAAGGAUAAGAUGGUCAAACCCAAAAGUUCACAAGAGGCCCAGAGAUAACUGAAAGAAAAUGGUAGCCAUAGAAAGAAGCUUUUUCUUUAACAAUCUUUCUUCUCCUAAUCUCUAUCGUCCAAACAAAAAUUGCAGAAGAAAUGCUACCACUUUAGCUAAGAAGAGGGAUUUCUCUCAGAAUUCGACAACCCAACAAGAACCCAUUUUUCCACUCAGACUUUCUAGUAAAUUUUUGGCUCAAUCAGCAAUUGCUGUGUCUGGAUUAGGCUUCAUUGACGCUGGGUAUAGUGGAGAUUGGUCAAGGAUUGGAGUGAUCUCAAAGGAGACUGAGGACUUGCUAAAGGUUGCUGCUUUUCUUGUUAUUCCUUUAUGUUUUUUUCUUGUAUUUUCCAUCUCAAGGGAAGAAGAGGUUUGAAAUUGUUUAGAUGGUAAGUUUGUCUGCUUUGAAAUUCAAUAAUAUAUUACAACAGGAUCACCUCUUGAAAUAAAUUGCCGAGCCCCUUGGUAGAAGCC